AAUAAUUUUGUUACGUGAAUACAUCUACUUUCGUACUAGUUUAUAACAAUAACCGGUUUCUUUACAGAUUCCCUGUGUAAUUGUUAGUUCAAAUUCUUAUAACAGACCUAUUAGAAUCUCAAGACUUCGUUUAUUUCUUUUUGUGAUACGAAGAUACGCUACGUCGACAGUAAAAUGGUGUACCAACGUGAACCGACUGUGGUGGGAGUGCCCAACUUCAAUGCGACGGAGGAUGCGGCCGCCCUAAGAGCCGCCAUGAAAGGCUUCGGCACAGACGAGCAGGCGAUCAUAGACAUCUUGACUACACGCUCCAAUGCCCAGCGACAGGCCAUCGCUAAGGCAUUCACCCACGAAUAUGGCAGGGAUAUCAUUGAAGACCUGAAAUCGGAACUGGGCGGCCAUUUUGAAGAUGUGAUCGUGGCCCUAAUGAUGCCCCCUGAGGAGUAUCUGUGCAAGGAGCUGCACAAGUGCAUGGAAGGUAUGGGCACGGAUGAAGACACCCUCGUCGAGAUCCUCUGCACCAGAACCAAGCCGGAGAUUGCAGCUAUCGUGCAGGCUUAUGAGAGGAUGUACGACCGUCCCCUUGCCGAACACAUGUGCUCAGAGACCUCCGGCGACUUCAGACGUCUGCUUACCCUCAUUGUAACUGGGGCGCGGGAUGAGGAGGUCGGUGUCGACCCUGAGAAGGCCCGAGAGGAUGCACAGGCGCUGUUUGACGCCGGAGAGGCCAAGUGGGGCACUGAUGAAGAGGUCUUUAACAGGAUUCUGGCCCACGAGAGCUUUGCCCAGCUGAGUCAGAUCUUCGAGGAGUACAAGAACAUCUCGGGCCGCACCAUCGAGCAAGCCAUCAAGGCGGAGAUUGGAGGGGAGCUGAAGGACGCGCUGUCUGCUAUUGUGGAGUGUGUGGAAAGCGCGGCGGCGUGGUUCGCGACGCGGCUGAGGAAGGCCAUGCAGGGACUCGGCACCGACGACCGGACCCUCAUCCGCAUCAUAGUCAGCCGCUCAGAGAUCGACCUGGGGGCCAUCAAGGCGGAGUACGAGAGACUGUACGAUAAGACGCUGGAGAGCGAGAUCAGGGUACGUAUAACGUGGCGUGUGUCUUGCAGUGGAGUGCGUGGAGAAUGCGCCCGCGUGGUUCGCGGCGCGCCUGCGCAGCGCCAUGCAGGGCGCCGGCACCUCCGACGAGGUCCUCGUCAGGGUCAUCACCAGCCGCGCCGAGAUAGACCUCGGCUCCAUCAAGGCGGAGUACGAACGAUUGUAUGAUAAGACCCUCCAGAGCGACCUCUCGGGUGAAACUUCUGGAGACUACAAACGCGCCUUGGUGGCACUGUUGGGGCCCGUUUAAGGACGAAGAAGGCGAAUUUUCCUGCAAGAAACUGGUAAAUGGAGACCUAAAAAGAUUCCAAGCCGAAUGAAAAUGAAUCCUGUAAAG